GUCAUAUUCUAAUCCACAUUUCUCUCUCUCUAAAACCUUCCUUCUUAUCCCUCUGCUCGUCAUUUCUUGCCAAAACCUACCACACUCUUCUUUUUAGUCUCCCAAUCAAAAUACCAAUUUUGGUCGGAAUUUCCCUCUUUUUCUUUUUUCUUCUUUUUUAUUUUACUUAACUUACUUUUUCUUCGUUUCGUCUCUAUUUGAUCUUAUUCUACGUCACUUAUUUUUUUCAAUUUUAAUUAUUUUUUUUUCUCCUUUUCCACUCUCAGAUCUGAACUCAGAUUCUUUCUCUAGGGUUUUUUCUUCUCCUCUCUUUAAUUUCAAGGAAGAUCAAUUUGGAAGAAGAAAUUAAAAUUUUAUUUUUGUAUUAUUUUGGAUUGGAAGGUUAUAAGAUACCAAUUUUUUUGUUAUAAAUAAUAAUAAUAAAAAAGUGUGGUUGUAGGAAGAAACAUAACAUGGCUAGGGAGAAAAUCAAGAUAAAGAAGAUUGAUAAUCUAACGGCGAGGCAGGUGACAUUCUCUAAGCGAAGGAGAGGGCUUAUCAAGAAGGCCGAGGAGCUGUCGGUGCUCUGCGACGCCGAGGUGGCGCUGCUCAUCUUCUCCGCUACCGGCAAGUUUUUCGAGUAUUCGAGCUCCAGCGUUAAGGAAGUUAUUGCUAGAUAUAAUUUGCACUCUACUAACCUUGGAAAGUUGGAAUAUCCAUCCCUCGGGCUGCAGCUUGAAAAUAGCAAUCACGUCCGAUUGAACAAGGAAGUUGAAGAUAUGACCCAACAACUUAGGCAGAUGAGGGGAGAGGAUCUUCAAGGAUUGAAUUUAGAAGAUCUGAAGCAAUUGGAAAGAAUGCUUGAAGUUAGUCUCACACGAGUUCUUCACACCAAGGAAGAGAAGAUUAUGAGUGAAAUUAAUGCGCUUGAGUUUAAGGGAGCGAGGCUGAUGGAAGAAAACAAGAUGCUUAAACAGCAGAUGUUAAGGUUGUCGAAUGAUAGAACGCCAGUGCUCGUGGAUUCCGACGUUCAUGUUGCGGCGGAAGAAGGGGUUUCGUCGGAAUCCGCCGCCAAUGUCUGCAGCUGCAACAGCGGUCCUCCUGCCGACGACGACAGCUCCGACACCUCUCUCAAAUUAGGGCCUCCUUGCCCGAACUGAGGCAGAAGUAGUCCAAGAGAUGAGGAAGAGACAGGGAAAUUAGAUGCAACAAACAAAAGUGAAGUGUGUGAAUUAUAUAAAACUUUAUUAAUACAAUCCAUGAGAGUAAAGAACACUAAUAAACGACAUAUUCGAACUCUAAUCUUUUGAUCAAGAGUUUAAAUUUUAUGUGAGUUUAAUUAUGCUUAUGUUGGCAUAAGCGUUACUAAUUAAUUAAUUACAGUUUCUUUUCUAUAAA